AUGAAAAGUGCCGCGUUGGAAGCUCUUGGAAUAACCAGAUACUGUUGUCGUCGAAUGCUUAUAUCUCAUGUUGAUUUUAUUCAUAAAAUUUUAACAUUUACUCCACAAGAAUCCUCAACGAUAGAUCAUUCUAGUUCCAAAUUUAGAAUCGAUUCUGAAAUAGAAGGACCACCUACCACAUCUUUCAACAAUGAAUUAACUUUUACAGAUGAUGAUUCUCCGAGAUAUGACGUUGAAGGAUCUCCAACGUAUGUUUCUUUUCGGAAUCGAUUUGAUCUUUCUCCAAGAACUCCUAUAGACGCAUCCAUUAUCUCAAGGGAUCAAUCUUUACUUUCGAGAUACGUUCAAAGUGAAAGUUCUUCAAGAUAUUCUCAUAAUGAAGGAAAUUUUUCUGAAUCAAGUCCGGGACAAAUUAAUCAAAGUUUUCCUGUCUAUGAACUUUCCUCUUAUACGGAUGAUGGUUCCCCUACAUAUGAAGCAUCUUAUCAAUCUGAACAAAUAGGAGACAACUGUUCUCCACGAUAUUUACCUGAACAUGAACAAACAAAUGAUGAUGAUUCUUCAAGAUAUUCUCCUUAUGAUUUUUAA